GACCAUCGAGCACACCACACCUCCUGCCUCUCCUCAUGCUCGCUCCUCCCACUAUAAAUUGUCCCACGCACGAACGCUUCUAAACCAAGCCACAAGGCGCGCGCGCACGCAUGUACUCGAUCGUUGAGUACCCCUACCACCGCCAUUAGAGCGGCAUCAUAGACGACACCACCAUUGUGUGGGUCGAAAUGGGGCGAGGGAGAAGGAGGAGCGGCGUGGGAACGGCCGUGCCGUUGCCGAUCUUGGUGCUGCUGGUGUUGGUGUUGAUGGCCAUGGCGGCGGCAGAGAGGGCCGACGAUGCCGAUGGUGUCGACGUUGGCGGAGGGGAAGGGGAAGACGAGGCUUUCGAGAGGAGGUUCUUGAAGCUGUGGACCGACGGAGGCGGCGGGGACGAGGAGGAUCACCUCAGAUGGUACGGUGAUGACGACGACGACCGCGAUUAUGGUGAUACUUAUGAUGAUCAAGAGGUGGAAGAGGCAGAGGAGGAGGAGGAAGAGGAAGACGACAUCAUGUUGGGGGCGACCAGAUGCCCGCGUCCGAAGAAGAAGAAGAAGAAAAGGAACGUCGUAAAGGUCGACAGCUUCGGCGCCGUGGGCGACGGCUGCGCCGACGACACGGAGGCGUUCGCUAAGGCCUGGGAGAAGGCGUGCUCGCUGAAGGACGCCGUGCUGGUGGUGACCGCCGGCCGGCGCUACAAGGUCGGCCCGAGCAAGUUCAUGGGCCCGUGCAAGGAGAGGCUGGUGGUGCUGAUCCACGGCACCAUCGUGGCGCCGGAGGAGCCGUCGCAGUGGGACCCCAAGAGCCCGCGUCUGUGGCUCCUCUUCGGCGGGCUCGUCGGCGCGCGCAUCCAAGGCGGUGGUGUCAUCGACGGCUCCGGCUCGAAGUGGUGGGCCAACUCCUGCAAGGUCGACCGGUCUAAGCCGUGCAAGGGCGCGCCGACGGCGGUGACCAUCGACUCGUGCCGUGGCGUGCGGGUGCGCGACCUGACGAUCCAGAACGCGCAGCAGAUGCACCUGACGGUGUCGCGGUCGCGCGGGGUGCGGCUGGACGGGAUGGCCAUCCAGGCACCGGGGGACAGCCCCAACACCGACGGCAUCCACGUGGCCGAGUCCACCGCGGUGACCAUCACCGGCGCGCGCAUCGGCACCGGCGACGACUGCGUGUCCAUCUCCAACGCCAGCUUCGCCGUGAAGAUGAAGGGCAUCGUGUGCGACCCGGGCCACGGCAUCAGCAUCGGCAGCCUGGGGCAGGGCGGCUCCUACGCCGCCGUGGAGGGGGUGACCCUCGACGGCGCCCGCAUCGCGCGCGCCCAGAACGGCGUCCGGAUCAAGACCUGGCAGGGCGGCGCCGGGUACGUACGCAACGUCCGGUUCACCAACGUGCUCGUCGACGCCGUCGACCACCCCAUCAUCAUCGACCAGUUCUACUGCGACUCCAGGACGCCGUGCGCGAACCGGAGCACCAACGUGGCCGUCAGCAACGUCAUGUACCGGAACAUCUCCGGCACGUCCACGCGGGACGAGGCCAUCAAGCUCGCAUGCAGCGACGCCGUGCCAUGCAGCGACAUCGUGCUCAGCAACAUCAACCUGCUCGGGGACGACGGCGCCGAGGUGCAGGCCGUGUGCAACUGCGCCAUGGGGCUGGGCUACGACCCCGUCCGCCCCGCCGUAGACUGCCUCAGGAACAACGCGUGCGGCGGCGGCGGAGGGCUGAAGCUAGGCGAGGAGGAGGAGGCGUCGACGACGACGGCCGCGCCGCUGCACACCGAGCUGUGAAAAUCGGACAUGAUGCCCUUUGCUCGAUUUUCACCCAGCUGUUACUAAGUGCUGCAGUUAAGUAACUACUAGGUUUUUUGUUUGUGUGUCUAUAUCGUCUGAAGUAUCGAUAAAUUAAGAUCUACUGUACUGUACUACGAUGUUACAUGCAUGUACACAUGGUGAUCGGCGAGAAAAACCACUUGCCUUUUGUUAGUUCUUCAAUGAAGAAAGAACUGCUUAUCUA